GAGGAGGGUUCGUCCCCCAUCACGGUGAUCCAGCAGCACCUCCAGGGCAGAGCUGAGCUGGUGGCGGACAGGGCCAAACAGCUCCGCUUCCUCCAGGCUGUGCCGCGUCUCUGCUUCUCGGCACAGAAGCAGGGGCGGGACACCCUGGAGCCCCCGGUCUCCAAAGCGGCCCUCGUGGAGAGCACUGCGGAGCUGAUUGAAAAUCUCCCUGGUGCGUCAGAGCCGAGCUCCAUCAUGCCCAGCUCCAUGGCCGCAGUUUGCAGCCUCAGGCUCUGUACAACACCUAUUCCCAGAGCCUGGACAUCCUGCUCAGGGGCCUGCUGACGGAGACCCCCACCAUGGAGAAGCUGCAGCACCUCCUGGAGGUGUGCCCCAUCAGAUCUCCAACCUCCUGCGGCUGGCAGAUGAGGGAGGCCACAAGGACAUCGUGGCAGGCAUCAUGCAGGCAGCCAGGGUCCAGCCAGCUGCUGUGGCCUCCCGCCUAGUCCAGAUCCUCCAGCAGGAUGAGGUGUCUGUCGGGCAGAAGGUGGCGGCAUACGAGGACCUCAGGACCGUGCCGCUGGAGCAGGGGAUGGAGGCAGGACUUAUCGGCAGCCUCAUUGCUGUGGCCUCCCAGCAGAUGAGGGCGGCUCCAGAGGAGGCCUCGAGCGAGCUCCAGGCGGCUGCCAGUGAUACCUUGGCCGCCCUCGCUGGCAGCUACUUCGGGCCGGUGAUGCGGGAGCUCCAGAAACACCUGAGGCCCUUUGUGCUGCCAGCGGAGUUCACCCUCCUCACCCUGGGCAAGGUCAUGGCGGCCAGCGUGUACAGGGGCGUCCCUUUCCUGGGCAUCACCCUGACCACCACGCAGACCGUGAUGCGAGGGAUAGAUGACAGCAGGAGACGAGGGGCCUUCUGCACCGCCCUGGAGUGCACGUGUGGGGCAAUCAGCACUUACCUGAGGAGCUGGGAGAGGAGCACCUAUCCACAAAUCACGCUCCAGCGCUUCUCUGCACACCUGCUCCCCACGUACCGGUACCUCCUCAGCGCCUGGCUGCCCAGCGAGGACACAGAGGUCAGACUGGCUGUCCUCAAGGCCCUGGGGCCAGUGCUGAACAUCCUGCUGCCCAGGAAGGAUCUGCAAAACCAGAUCUAUGGGGACAUCCCCCUGCUCCUGGCUCUGUACGGGAAGAACAUCGAGGCCUUUUACAUCACCAAGGUUCUGGGACAGAUCUUGCAGGCCUCUUCCUCCAAGAACCUGAUCCCAGAGGUGUAUGUGGCGGCCAUCUCCCACACGCUGAGCUACCAGGUCACUUCCAAAGCUCAGCGGCCCUAUCGGCUCUGCAGGGAGAACCACACAGAGAUUCCCCACGUCUUCCUGCAACUCGCCCGUUCCCAUCCAUCACAGCUGUUGGGGAUUUUCCAUCAAAAACUGUUGAUGGGCAGGGGAGAUACCCGUGUGGGGAUCCUGGCCCUGAUGUCAUAUGUUAUUGGUGCUGAAGUUCCGGGGCUGGCCAGCCGGAAACACCUGUGCAUCAAAUCAGUGAAAUCAGUUCUUACCAACGGGAGUCCCAAGGGGGACAUCACAGCCUACAUCAUGGUCCAACUAUUUAACAUCAGGGUCUUGGGCCAGGUGCCGGACGCCCUGCAGGGGCUGUGCUCCGUGGGGCAGCCUUGAAGACCACCCCCCGUUCGCAUGACCAGCUCCCACCCUCUGCCACAGCCUCGCUGCAGGCCCUCCACCCACCCGCUCCACAGCAUUGCCUCCUUCUCCUCCUGAUCUUCCCCAACCUCUCCGAUUUCGACUACAUGGCUUCGACCUUUGCGUGGAUAUGGACUUUGGCUCGUACUUCCGACCACCCGGCUUCGACCUCUGGCCUGGACAUGAACCCUGGCUCCGGUUCUGCCUGGUAUGUCACUCAACACCCGUGUCAAAGUUAGACUCAGGUCUCACAGUUUGUCAGACCACUCUGUUUUAUUAGCA